AUGGAAUUGGAAAGUGAUGAUAUUUCUCAACCACCAAUUCAAACUCAAAGUGUUAGAUCUUCUCAACCAUCUACAACGUCAACUACAAUAAAAAGAAAGUCCAAUGAUAUAGGUUGGGACUAUGGGGUACUUAAUGAUCCUACUAAGUCAAUGGACAAGAUUAGAUGUUUAUUGUGCAAGAAAGUAAUGUCUGGUGGGGUUUAUCGGAUCAAAGAGCAUAUUGCUGGUAUUUCAGGGAAUGUUAGCAAAUGCCCCAUAGCUUCAAAAGAAGAUCAAAUAAAAUGUAGAGAUGCUCUCAUUAUGGCGAAGAACAAAAAGAAGAACAAGAGAGCUGAAGAACUUAAUAUAAGAGCGGAGGUAAACAUUGGUUCGCAUGAGAGUUUGAGUAAUACGCCUACAAAUAGUACUGAUGUUGAUGAGUUGCAACAGUCUGAACAAAUGAGGCCACCUCGUCCAAUUGGCCUUAUGGAUAAGUUUGCUAACCAAAUCAAUCCUGAAAUUUCUUUGAGUUCAAGAAGGGGCCCGGCGCAACAACGGAUAAUUGAGGCAUUUGACAAGGAGAGGGUUAACCGAGUGAAAGAGUACAUAUGUAGAUGGGCUUAUGAAGCAGCUGUUCCAUUUCAUGUUAUUGAGAAAGAUAGCUUCAAGUUGAUGAUUGAAGCUGCUGGUCAAUUCGGUCCGGGAGCGCAGACACCAAAUAGAUAUGAAUUGAGUGAAACAUAUUUGAAAAAAGAGGUUGAUCGCGUCCGAGACAGUUUGAAGGAACAUGAGGCGUUGUGGAAAGAAAAUGGUUGCUCAAUUAUGACUGACGCAUGGACAGAUAGGAAGAGAAGAAGCGUCAUGAACUUGUGUGUAAAUUCAAGAUUAGGCACUGUUUUUUUAUCUUCUAAAGAGUGUUCAAGUGAGGCACACACAAGUCAGUUUAUAUUUGAUGAAUAUGUGGAGCAUGGUAUUGAACAAGUUGGAGUGGACAAUGUUGUUCAAAUUAUCACAGAUAAUGCCGCAAACAACAUGGGAGCUGCUAAAUUGUUGAAGGAGAAGAGGCCACGGCUAUUUUGGACAUGUUGUGCAACUCAUUCCAUUAAUUUAAUGCUUGAAAGCAUUGCAGGUUUACCCCGAUUUAAAAAAGUUCUUGAUCAAGCAAAGAGGUUAACUAUCUUUAUCUAUGCACACCACAAAACAUUAGCAAUGAUGAGAACCUAUACAAAGAAACGUGACAUAAUUAGGCCAGGUGUGACUAGGUUUGCUUCUGCAUUUCUAACUUUGCAGAGUUUACUUGCUAAGAAAAUGGAAUUAAGGGCUAUGUUUACAAGCAAUGAAUGGGAUGAAUAUAAGAAACCUUCAAUGAGAUUUGUUUAUGGUGAGCUUAUGCAAGCCAAAGAGGACAUUAAGAAGACAUUCAAUGAAGUGGUAAGAAACUAUGAGCCUAUUAUUAAGAUAGUCGAAGAAAAGAUGAGCAAUAGGCUAGAUUCUCCUCUUCAUUUGAUGCCUUUCAUGUUGAAUCCUUAUUAUCAUUUUAAGGAUCCUCGACUUCAUUUGGAUGUUAAUGUUUCUCUUGGAUGUAUUGAGUUUCUUGAAACAUAUUACCAUGGCGAUAUAGAAAUGCAAAACAAGGUAUUGAAUGAUGAAUUUCCCAUUUACAAGAGGAAAGAUGGUGUAUUUGGGAAGACACUUGCGAUCAAAGGAUGUGAGACAAAUAAUGAGCGAUAUGAUCCGGCAAUGUGGUGGUCAACUUAUGGUGGGACAACUCCCAACUUGCAAACAAUUGCGAUAAAGAUUAUAUCUCUUACUUCAAGUUCAUCGGGUUGUGAAAAGAAUUGGAGUACAUUUGAAGGGAUACAUACAAAAAAAAGAAAUAGGUUGGAAUCUAAUCACCUAAACAAUCCAGUCUUUGUGCAAUUCAAUACAAACUUGAUGAACAAAAGGAAAAAAGAGCAAAAUGUUGAAAUAUUACUUGGUAGUGAUGCAACCUUCGCACAAGAUUGGAUUGUUGAGGAUGAAGUUGAGGUUGUUGGUGAAGAUGAAGUGGCUACUAAUGAGGAAGGUGAUGACGCAUUAAGACCAUGA